CGGGACGCAGCCGGCACCUCAUUCAUUUCCAUCGGUCCUUGGGUAUACAGCUCCGGCCCUCCACACCGCCGUCCCUCCGCUGGUGACGCCCCCGCAAAGGCUUCGCCGUCGCCGAGGCCUCCUCUCAGCGACCCGUCGCAACUGGAUUCUCUUUCACUGGGUUCCGCCCGCACACCGCAACCAUUGACGCCAUGUCGAGUUAUUCUAGUGACCGAGACCGCGGCCGGGAUCGAGGGUUUGGCGCACCUCGAUUUGGAGGGAGUAGAACAGGACCCCUCUCUGGAAAGAAGUUUGGAAAUCCUGGGGAGAAACUAGUUAAAAAGAAGUGGAAUCUUGAUGAGCUGCCCAAAUUUGAGAAGAAUUUCUAUCAGGAGCAUCCUGAUUUGGCAAGGCGCACAGCACAAGAGGUAGAUACAUACAGAAGAAGCAAGGAGAUUACAGUUCGAGGUCACAACUGUCCAAAACCUGUUCUGAAUUUUUAUGAAGCAAACUUUCCUGCGAAUGUUAUGGAUGUGAUUGCAAGGCAGAACUUCACUGAACCCACUGCUAUUCAAGCUCAGGGCUGGCCAGUUGCUCUCAGUGGAUUGGAUAUGGUUGGAGUAGCUCAGACUGGAUCUGGGAAAACAUUAUCUUAUUUGCUGCCUGCCAUUGUACACAUAAACCACCAGCCAUUCCUAGAGAGAGGUGAUGGGCCUAUUUGCUUGGUGCUGGCACCAACUCGAGAACUGGCACAGCAGGUGCAGCAAGUCGCUGCUGAAUAUUGUAGAGCUUGUCGCUUGAAGUCUACUUGCAUCUAUGGUGGUGCUCCCAAAGGACCACAGAUUCGUGAUUUGGAAAGAGGUGUGGAAAUCUGUAUUGCAACACCUGGAAGACUGAUUGACUUUUUAGAGUGUGGGAAAACCAAUCUGAGAAGAACAACUUACCUUGUCCUUGAUGAAGCUGAUAGGAUGCUUGAUAUGGGAUUUGAACCCCAAAUAAGGAAAAUUGUGGAUCAAAUAAGACCUGAUAGACAAACACUAAUGUGGAGUGCAACUUGGCCAAAAGAAGUAAGACAGCUUGCUGAAGAUUUCCUGAAAGACUAUAUUCAUAUCAAUAUUGGUGCACUGGAACUGAGUGCAAACCAUAACAUUCUUCAGAUUGUGGAUGUAUGUCAUGAUGUUGAAAAGGAUGAAAAACUUAUUCGUCUGAUGGAAGAGAUCAUGAGUGAGAAGGAGAAUAAAACCAUUGUUUUUGUUGAAACCAAAAGAAGAUGUGAUGAACUUACCAGAAAAAUGAGGAGAGAUGGGUGGCCUGCCAUGGGCAUCCAUGGUGACAAGAGUCAGCAGGAACGUGACUGGGUUCUAAAUGAAUUCAAACAUGGAAAAGCUCCUAUUCUGAUUGCUACCGAUGUGGCCUCCAGAGGGCUAGAUGUGGAAGAUGUGAAAUUUGUCAUCAAUUAUGACUACCCUAACUCCUCAGAGGAUUAUAUUCAUCGAAUUGGAAGAACUGCUCGCAGUACCAAAACAGGCACAGCAUACACUUUCUUUACACCUAAUAACAUAAAGCAAGUGAGCGACCUUAUCUCUGUGCUUCGGGAAGCUAAUCAAGCAAUUAAUCCCAAGUUGCUUCAAUUGGUCGAAGACAGAGGUUCAGGUCGUUCCAGGGGUAGAGGAGGCAUGAAGGAUGAUCGUCGUGACAGAUACUCAGCAGGCAAAAGGGGUGGAUUUAAUACCUUUAGAGACAGGGAAAAUUAUGACAGAGGCUACUCUAGUCUGCUUAAGAGAGAUUUUGGGGCUAAAACUCAGAAUGGUGUUUACAGUGCUGCAAAUUACACCAAUGGGAGCUUUGGAAGUAAUUUUGUAUCUGCUGGUAUACAGACCAGUUUUAGGACUGGUAAUCCAACAGGGACUUACCAGAACGGUUAUGAUAGCACUCAGCAAUAUGGAAGUAAUGUUGCAAAUAUGCACAAUGGUAUGAACCAACAGGCAUAUGCAUAUCCUGCUACCGCAGCUGCUGCGCCUAUGAUUGGCUAUCCGAUGCCAACAGGGUAUUCUCAAUAAGACUUUAGAAGUAUAUGUAAAUGUCUGUUUUUCAUAAUUGCUCUUUAUAUUGUGUGUUAUCAGACAAGAUAGUUAUUUAAGAAACAUGGGAAAUGCAGAAAUGACUGCAGUGCAGCAGUAAUUAUGGUGCACUUUUUCGCUAUUUAAGUUGGAUAUUUCUCUACAUUCCUGAAACAAUUUUUAGGUUUUUUUUGUACUAGAAAAUGCAGGCAGUGUUUUCACAAAAGUAACUGUACAGUGAUUUCAAAUACAAUAAAUGAAGGCAAUGCAUGGCCUUCCAAUAAAAGAUAUUUGAAGACUGAA